CUCGAGUGAGAUAGUGUGAUUUGUUGUUGUUGUUGUUGUUGUUGUGUGUACUGUGUUGUAGUGUACCUUAGCUACGUUCGAUGCGAUUUUUGUUAUGUUAAUGUUGCUCCGGACGCGAGAGAGCGAAAACCAUAAUUUAUUUUCCUCAGUUCGAUGGUGUGAGAGAGACUUGCAUUCAUAGCAUUUCUAACCAUACAACGAAAGAGAUUCGUUGUUACAACUUGUGUUUCUUAAGUGCACACACAGUGAUGUAAUUAAAUUUCAAUUAAACCAAGAAUUUGCGGUGUAAUUUUUUAUUUAAUUUAUUAAUUGAAAUAUUUAGUUGAAAAGUUUGGUGUAGAAAUUUCGAAAAAAAGACGACAAAUUAAAAAAAAAAAACGAAGGCGGCUGUGAAGACGACGACGACCGCGGUGGCAACAACAUAAAAUCCGAUGUUUUUUCUUAUUUUCGGGUGAUUUCAGACAAACCUCUUGUCAAUAAUACAAUUAACGUGUGUAGUUGUAAGACACAGACACACACACACAUAUUAGCGUCCAUCGAUCGCAGGUGAGAGAGUGACUGAGACGCCACUAUUUUAAGUUAAUCGCUUUUGAAAAACUAUUCUCUCUGUGUCCGUCUGACAGUCGAGAGUGUGUACGCGGAUUACUCAAGUGUAUAUGCACGGUGGAAUAGUGAAUUAUACAAACAACGAUUUUGUUGGGCGUUGACCGCUCGAUUUUCAUCGAUUUCAGCGUAAAUUCAUUUUUCAUGCGUUCGCAACGAACGUAAUCGAUCAGUUUGCUAAAUUCUUUUUUUUUUCUUGGUGCAAUUUGGGAACAAAAAAACUCGGGAUCGAAUUUAGCUGGAACAAUAAACAAUUUAACACCACACCACAAUGAGGCUACCGUUAUGGUCCUCGAAUCGUUUCGUCAGUAUUACACUGUGUGUAAUCGUAUUGACUAGAUGGAGCACAGCUCAAAAUGACUUCAGCAAUGAUAUAAACAAUCAACAGAAUCCAUUUGAUGUUUCCACGCCGUCGCCACAAGGCGAUCAAGCCUAUCGAAAUCAAUUCAAUCAGAAUCGCGACUAUUUCGGUAACAACGAUGACUUUUUCGGCAAUGGACGAACAUCGACACCGAGAAACUAUGAUCCAUUCAGCAAUGAUGCGAAUAAUCCAAAUAAUCCAAACUAUAAUCGCGAUUCGUUUAAAUCGAAUCAAGAUCCGUUCAAUUCGAAUCGAGAUCCAUUCAACCCUAAUCCAAACUAUGGCACGGGCGAUGUAAACCGGGACCCUUUCGGAAACCGCAAUAACUUUGGCAGUGGCGUGAACAGCAAUGAUGACAGUCGUUACUAUAGCAACAACCGGAAUUCAUUCGAUACAUUUGGCAGGCCUGUCACACCGGCCACUCCCCCAACAGAUUUUAAUCGUGGUCGUACGCCGUACCGAACCAACAGCUUCUUGGAAAUGGUUGCAAAUAAUCUAUUCAACGAACCAACAUAUUUUAUCGUCGCAUCACGAAUGGUUCGCCCCGGCCAAGUAUAUCGAGUAUCGGUGCAAGUGCUCAUAUCGCAAAUUCCAAUCACGGUGCGAGCGUCAAUUUCACGCAGUGGCGUCGAAAUCAGCGGCGAUACGAAAGAGAUUAAAAUUGGCAUACCAGAAACAAUGCUGAUGAGAGUGCCACCGACGAGUGUGCCGGGCGAUUAUAAGCUUCGCAUUGAAGGUGUCUAUGCACAAGCCUUGGGCGGAAUUGCAUUCAUCAAUGAGACUCGAUUGACUUUCUCGCAACGAUCCAUGACGAUUUUCGUACAAACCGACAAGCCCGUUUAUAUGCAAGGUGAAACUGUGCGUUUCCGUGCCAUUCCAAUCACAACUUCACUGCGUGGUUUCGAUAAUGCAAUCGAUGUUUACAUGAUUGAUCCGCAUAAGCACAUUUUGCGUCGUUGGCUGUCUCGUCAAUCAAAUUUGGGCACGGUUAGUUUGAAAUAUCAACUGUCCGAUCAGCCAAUUUACGGCGAUUGGACGAUUCGUGUGGUUGCUCAAGGUCAAGUUGAAGAGCAUAAAUUCAGCGUUGAAGAAUACUAUCAAACGAGAUACGAGGUGAACGUUACAAUGCCCGCAUUCUUCUUCAACACCGAUCCAUUUAUUUACGGAAAAAUCAUGGCUAAUUUCACGAGCGGGGCACCGGUCAACGGAAAUUUAACGCUCAGAUUAACAGUUCGACCACUUGGUUGGCACAAUCCGAAGGUUAUCAAUCAAAAGUAUCGUGUCGGUAACACUGGUCCGAGAAAUUUACCCGAUUACAAUAUCGACGAACAAUAUUUAUACAAUCCGAAUAUUAAUUUCAACUAUGGCCAAAAUUUUGAUCCACAACAAGCUAUCAAUCAACAGAAUCCACCGCCACUUGACCAAUCGUAUUCAGCACAGCCACCACCAUCCGGUUACUCAUUCCAGGAUCAAUACACCGUCGAACGUUACUUCAACUUUGACGAAGAGUGGCCAUUCUGGAUUAAAAAACCCGACAAUCAACAAAUGUAUGAUCCUUGGACCAAAGAAUAUCACAGCUCUUUGCCAUACUUGCGUUAUUUCAACGGAACUUACGAAUUCCGAUAUCCAAUGUCCGAACUGCAAACUCUGAUGCCAUCGACGCAAGGAUUUGAGGUACUUAUCACAGCCACCGUCGGCGAACGAUUCUAUGAUGAAGUGAUUCAAGGUUAUGCAAUGGCUCGUGUUUACAAUUCAUCGAUUCGUGUACACUUUUUGGGCGGUUCGCCACAAGUGUUUAAGCCAACAAUGCCGUACAUGCUUUACUUGGUUGCUCAAUACCACGACGGAUCACCAUUGUACUUUGAUCCAUAUUUCCCGGAGACGAUGGAAAUUACCGGUUUUGUGGAGAGUCGAUCGGGCGGUCGUCGUGAUUAUCCGCUUCGCAAUUUGAGAAUGUCCGACAAGGCAGGCAUUUGGGAAAUGAAAUUGGAUCUACGCAAUGAUUUGAACAUUGCUGAUGAUCGUCAGAGUCAUGAGUUUUUAACUGAUGUUCAACAAGUGCAUUUAACGGCCAAUUUCAUUGAUCGACGAGGCGAACGAGCUUCGGCUGAUUUACUUUUGGCUACACACUUUUCACCGCAGAAUCAUCAAAUUAAAAUCCACACCAGUACACAUAAUGCUAAAGUCGGCGAGUACAUCAUACUUCAUGUGCAAACGAACUUCUUUGCAGAAUCAUUUAAUUAUGUGUUGAUGUCAAAGGGAAUUAUUUUGUUGUCUGGUCAAGAGGAGAUGACAGAAGGCAUUCGAACAAUGGCAAUUACUCUGUCGGCUGAAAUGGCACCCGUUUCAACGUUCGUCGUCUGGCACAUUGGUCAGCAUGGAACAAUUGUUAGUGACAGUUUGACAUUCCCCGUUAAUGGCAUUUCCAGAAAUAAUUUCACUGUUUAUAUCAAUAAUCGCAAAGCACGUACCGGAGAACGAGUUGAAGUGGCCGUAUUUGGUGAACCGGGUGCAUAUGUUGGUCUCUCGGGCAUUGACAAUGCAUUUUACACGAUGCAAGCGGGCAAUGAGCUUACUUAUGCCAAUGUCAUUACAAAAAUGAGCACAUUCGACGAACAAACCAAUGGAACACACAAACAAACAUGGUAUUCACACGAGGGUAACCCAGACGAACUUGUUUAUUAUCCAUCGGCUUCGUUUGGUAUCGAUGCUAAUCGCACAUUCGAAUAUGCUGGUCUGGUGAUUUUCACGGAUGGCAUUGUUCCACGUCGUCAUGAAUUCUGUAAUGCAACCCUUGGCUAUGCAGAGUGUUUGAGCGGCCGUUGCUAUAGCAUUCAAAAACGUUGUGAUGGAUUUAUAGACUGUGACGAUGCAACCGAUGAGUCAAAUUGUAAUUACAACAAUUUCACAACAGUCGCAGAGUUCAGAAAGUAUCGAUUCAACCGUAUAAAGCGGCAUUAUGAAAACGUUUGGCUAUGGAAGGAUAUCAAUAUUGGUCCACACGGACGCUACAUUUUCUCGGUGGAUGUGCCUGAAAUUCCAGCUCUGUGGAUGGUAUCAACGUUUAGUGUCAGUCCAACGAUGGGCUUCGGAAUGAUUAACAAAGCCAUUGAGUAUGUAGGCGUGCAGCCAUUCUUCAUCAACGUGGAAAUGCCAACAGAUUGUCGACAAGGCGAACAAGUUGGUAUUCGUGUGACCGUGUUCAAUUAUCAAACCACAGCCAUUGAAGCAACAGUUGUUUUGCAUGGUUCACCCGAUUAUAAAUUCGUUCACGUCGAAGAAAACGGUAUCGUUCGUUCAUACAAUCCGGUCACCUCAUUCGGCGAACAACAGUUCUUCAUUUAUCUGGAUGCUCAAGGCAGUACAAUUGUUUACUUGCCAAUUGUUCCACAACGAUUCGGUGACAUAGAAGUAACCGUUCACGGUGCAACACUCUUGGGAACGGACACAAUCAAGCGAAUGAUUCACGUUGAACCGGAUGGUGUUCCGCAGCAUCGUCAUCAAUCGUAUUUAUUGGAUUUGAGUAACCGUGCGUAUGUGUUGCAUUACCUACAUGUCAAUGUCACUGAAACCCCACUCAUCACGUACGAUGUGGAUCGUUACUAUGUUUUCGGUUCGAAUCGUGCCCGCAUUUCGGUGGUGGGUGAUGUGGUCGGACCGAUUUUCCCAACAAUGCCAGUCAAUGCAACAAGUUUAAUCUACUUGCCAAUGGAUUCGGCCGAACAAAAUAUGUUCAGUUUUGCUGCCAAUUUAUAUACGGUAAUGUACAUGCGUUUGAUUAACCAACGUAAUCGUACGACCGAAAAGAAUGCAUUCCAUCACAUGAACAUUGGAUAUCAGCGGCAAUUGAGUUUCAUGAUGCCAGACGGUUCAUUCUCAUUGUUCCGUUCGGAUUGGAAUUCAUCAUCCUCAUCCGUUUGGUUGACCGCCUAUUGUGCGCGAAUGUUCCAAGAAGCAUCGUUCUAUGAAUGGGAAAAUUACUUGUAUAUCGAUCCAUUGGUCAUUCAAAAGUCCAUUCGCUAUGUGCUACGGCAUCAAACCGUUGAAGGUGCUUUCUACGAAGUUACCUGGUCACCCGAUCGAAAAAUGAACAGCACACUAAAUUUGAGAGACGAUCACAUUAAAUAUCGAAACAUUUCACUCACCGCACACGUUCUCAUCACACUUGUUACGGUGAAAGAUUUAUCGGGCAGUUUGACUGGAAGAGUGGCGAUAGCACAGCAAAAAGCGAUACAAUGGUUGGAUCGAAAUUUGAAAUUGCUCGAUGAAUCGGGUGAUCCGUAUGAUGUUGCUUUGGUUGCAUAUGCGCUGAUGUUGGCCAAGACACCGACGGCCGAACAAGCCUUUAGCAUUUUGGCAAAACAUGCUCGUACAAUCGGUGAAUACAUGUACUGGGGCCGCGAAGAAUUGCCACCGCCACCAACCAAAUGGGAAAAUCAGAAACCAUUCUCUUUGCCUCGAUUGCCCUACGAAUAUGAUUCGCUGAAUAUCGAAACCACUGCUUAUGCUCUGCUAACUUAUGUGUCGCGCCGUGAAUUAUUCGUUGAACCGAUCGUACGCUGGCUCAUCACUCAACGUUUAACGGACGGCGGUUGGGCAUCAACACAGGACACCGGCGCCGCAAUGAAAGCACUCAUCGAAUACACCGUUCGUACGCGCAUUCGAGACGUAUCUUCAUUAGCUAUUUCAGUCGAACCGUCAUCCACCAGCAAAACGCACACAUUCAACAUUAACGACAAUAAUUUGGCUCAACUCCAAUCGCUCGAUAUUCCGAAUGCAUGGGGAACGAUUAAAGUUCAAGCUAAAGGUGCCGGUUAUGCCAUUUUACAAAUGCACGUUCAAUACAACGUCGAUAUCGAGAAAUACCAAACGAAACCACCAGUGCAGUCAUUUGAUUUGAAACCACGCUUGCUUUUCCACGGCAGAAAUCAGUCUCACAUUUCAUACGUUUCGUGCCAAAGAUGGACCCAUUUGAAUGAAUCAAUUCGAUCGGGAAUGGCUGUUUUGGAUGUGACCAUCCCAACCGGUUACUGGAUUCAACAGCAGAAAUUAGAUGCUUACAUUUUGAGCAAACGCGUGAGAAACCUUCAACGGGCUCGUUACUUUAACAACAAAGUUCUUUUCUAUUUCGACUAUCUCGACCAAGAAGAGACUUGCGUAAACUUUACAAUCGAGAGAUGGUAUCCAGUCGCCAAUAUGUCGCGUUAUUUGCCAUUGAGAGUGUACGAUUACUAUGCGCCAGAGCGUUUCAACGAGACGAUAUUCGAUUACAUCCCAACGUAUUUGCUGAAUAUUUGCGAAGUGUGCGGUAGUUCGCAGUGUCCAUACUGUUCGAUUUACAAUGCAGCUGUCAAGUCACCAGUGCCACUAAUCUUAAUAAUCUCAAUGAGUUUUGUGCUAAUAGUACGACAUUUUCGUAUGGUUCGACCCAACAGCAGUUGGCUGUUGUUAACAAUAAGUUGAUUUGAUUAGAGUCGAGUCGAGUCGAGUCUCUGAACCAAUCCUCCCAAGUCAGGAAAUCCAAAAGAAACCAAUCGAUUUUCUUUCAUUGCAUGAAGUAUACAUUUAAAAACCGUCCAUUUUCUGCAAACAAAUUCUUUUUAUUAUUUGAAUGAUCUGAUUUUCUUUCUUAGUAAUUUCAAUUCGUCCAUUUUUUGCAUCACUUAGAAGAUUCCAUGAGUAUUUCUUUGGUUUGAAUGUGCUUACUUUUGUUAGCAGUAUGUACCAUAUUCCGAUUUUUUUUAGAGUUUGAUUUAUCUGUACAUCUAGCAAAAAUAACCUCAAACAUAAUCAGAACACAAGCUUGGACAAAAAGUGCAUUUUGCGAAUGCAAAGAAAUGCUUUAAAUUAAAUACAUAUCCAAAUCUCUAGAAACAUUCGAAAGCAAUUGAAUUUUUCACUAGGUUUAAGAGACAACCGAAUGCUAGGCCAUAAAUGACCCUUCCGAUAAAUGAAUAACAUUUUUAUAAUCGAAAAACACACACACCAUCGACAAUAAGUUUUAAAACUAAAUUUAGCUUUAUGCAUGAACGAAUGAUCAAAAAAGAAAACACAGAUGUAAAAACUUUGUGUUUGAAUGAAUCUCGUCAAUUGCUCACAUAGGAAAUGUAUCUGCUUUGAUUCGUAUGAUUUUUUUUUACCAUUGAGCCAAUCAAGACGUAUGCUACUCGAACUUGAAUGUAAUUCUUCUUUAUACUGAAAUCACAAACACACAAACACACAAACACAUAAUUCCAUGUCCACAAACAGAAAUCUUGCAUGCAUUUUUAGUACAAUCGAACAUGUAGUUAAGUUUAAUAAAGAAUCUUGUAGAA